CCAACCAUCACACUGACUGAGGGACACGCCACAAUGAGAAAUGAUAGUGAGAAACAUAUUCUAUGCGAGGUGGAUGGAUUCUACCCAGAAGCCAUUAGCAUAAAGUGGGUGAAGCGCACCCCCAAGGAUCCCCAUUUCCAAAAGAUCACUGAGGGCGUUGACACUAGCCUCCCCUCGAAGAGAGAGGACGGUUCAUUCAGUGUUACCAGCCAGCUGAAACUGAAGUCCUCCCUGGAAGACAGUGGGACCACCUACCAGUGUGUGGUGGAGCACAAAUCCCUGCCCACCCCCACCAGUUUCAACAUCACACUGUCUGAGGAAAAAUCUACGAAGACAAACUUUCUCUGGAUUAUUCUAGUCUUUCUUCUAAUUUUUUUAAUGGCAGCAUGUUAUUUUCAUGGAAACAGGUACAGAUCAUCACUGGUGAGAAGUCUUAACUGCAGAAGGGACCAAAGCCUGUAGCUCAGCCUGGACCCGAUGUUUAUUUCCACAG